AUGGGCUUUGAUACGAGGUUAUUGGAGGUAAAAUACCUCUAUUUUCCCAAUCCUUAUGUCUACUAUAACUUCACAAAUGAGACAACGAUUGCAAGUGAUGGACAAAGAGUGCUUUAUGGUGCCUCGAAAUUCACCUUAGCCGUCAUCUUGUUCAUCUUUGAGAUCGCUUAUUUGAUGACAUUGAAACGUCGAAAAGGCUAUGGAUCAAACUUCUCAUUCACACUUCUCUUCUACAUUGGAAUUGCGGACUUUUUCCAAUUACUUGCCCAUAUUGCGAGUGCUUUUAUGUUGAUGACAUUGAUGAGCAGUUCGGAGUAUACUUAUCUGAUGGGGUCAUUCCUCGAAGCUGGUUUCUUUAUCACCGGCUAUAUGACAAUGGCUCUUCCCAUUCACCGAGCCAUGCAUAUCAUCUUUCCGACUACCAUCGAGAAAUACAUUAGACCAAAUAUGUUAAAAGGAGUUCUUGUCCUUUAUCUCAUUUUCGCUAUCAUUUCGUUUGGAUAUUUUUGGAACAGUGAUGCCGGCAUUGCUUACAUUCCUGAAUCGGUUUAUUGGGGCUUCACUUACAACCGAAACAAGACCGAUCUCAACACCUAUAUGAGAAUUGUCGAGGAAUGGAGUGUCCUUGCGCCAAUCGUUGUCGGAGCCAUAUUCUAUGCGCUCAUCAUUUUCACAAUCUGCUACAAGGUCGGCAAGUACAAGACACGGGAAUUACGAUUGACAGCUCAGAUUUUCGCCGUUUUGAUUGUUUGCACAAUUUGCUACGUGAUGUGGUACAAAUUUCUCGACGCGGUGAGUAGAAAU